AGACAAAGGUUAAUCAUUACUUGACUUUCAGAUUAAUUGAUUUGUGCAUUGUUUUGGCUACUGAAAAAAGAGGAGAGAGAAUGUCGUCAGAAGUUGUUAGUUGCUACACUAUUAACCAGUGGAAUGAGAAAUAUGACGAAGCCAUGAAAUCCGGGAAACUGGUUGUAGUUGAUUUCACUGCUUCAUGGUGUGGUCCAUGCCGUUUCAUCGCACCAAUUCUGGCUGAUUUUGCUAAGAGGUUCCGUAAUAAGGUUAUAUUUCUCAAGGUUGAUGUUGAUCAGUUGAAGACCGUUGCUGAGGAUUAUAAAGUUGACGCCAUGCCAACUUUUGUGUUUCUAAAGGGAGGAAAAGAAGAAGAAAGGGUUGUGGGCGCUAGGAAAGAUGUCCUCCUCGAACGUAUUAGGAAAUAUGCAGCUUAAAUUUACCAACUUAAUUUAUCUCACUGCACGAAUGCAUGCAUGCUACGUAUGAAAGUUGGUGGUGAAGUUGAUAAUGAGCGAAUGUUGCUCUCUUAUGUUGAUGUUUUUGUACUUUAAUCAAACAAAAUUGCGUCUAUUUGUAUCUAUUGGCCUUGGAUUACCAUUCCAUUUUGUGCUUAUUAAGCAUAAUGACACUUAAUUAAUACUAUUAUAGCGAAUAAUACAUUGUGUAAUCACUUUUGUUCUCGAAA